AUGGCAAUGGCCGUAGCAGCUGCAGUGACUCUCAGUUAUCGGCGUUCUCGCACCUCGUCGCGUGAUUGGUCGAUUGCCAACUCAGUGCCGGUCGCCGUGGACAAGUUAUCAACGCCGAUCACCAUCAACAUUGGCGGCAAAAAAUACGAAACGUAUGAGAAUACGCUGAACCAGUUUCCCAACACCCUACUUGGAAAUCCUGAAAAACGCAAACGAUACUUUGAUGAGAAGAAGAACGAGUACUUUUUCGAUCGUCAUCGCGGUGCCUUCACUGCUAUUCUGUAUUAUUACCAAUCUGGGGGAUUGAUAGAGCGGCCUCUUCACGUGCCCAUGAAUAUUUUCGUCGAGGAACUGAAUUUCUUUCAGUUAACCGAUGAAAUACAAAAGCAAAACGAAGAAGCUGCUCUCGCCGAAGAAGAAGAAAAUGGCGAGGAUGAGGAGGAGGAAGGGGAGGCUGAGGAACUUCCUAAGAAUAAAACCCUGCGGAAGAUUUGGCUGUUGUUUGAGUUCCCGAGUUCGUCUCUUUCUGCAAAGUGCCUUGCUAUUUUCUCGUUAGCGAUUAUCUUGCUUUCCAUCUUAAUAUUCUGCAUUGAGACGUUGCCGGUCUUGAAGGAUUUCUCCCACGUGUUUUUCAUACUGAACGCAGUCUGCAGCUCGUGGUUCACUUUCGAAUACGUGAUUCGUUUAAUAGCUUCUCCGAACAAGAUUAAAUUCCUCAAAGGGGUUCUAAACAUCCUGGACCUUCUUUCAAUUCUCCCGUUUUACGUCACACUCAGCGUGGCCAAGAAAUCUGCGCAGAGCAUCAGUAUUCUCCGUGUCAUGAGGGUGAUACGUGUCUGUCGGAUCUUCAAACUGACACGUCACUCCAAAGGCUUGCAUAUCUUGGGUAACACGCUGUACGCGAGUAUUAAUGAGCUCAUCAUGUUGAUGUUGUUCUUAGUCAUUGGCGUCGUGCUUUUCGCGAGCGGUGCGUAUUACGCCGAGGAGGCAUCGAAUCCGAAGUUCAAAAGCAUACCGGCAGCGUUCUGGUGGGCUGUCGUUACUAUGACAACCGUUGGGUAUGGUGACGUUUAUCCAAUCACUACCGUUGGUAAGUUGAGUAAUUUGUUAGAGAGUGGAGGAACGUUCCAGGGAACCCAUCAGCUAAGGCUUAUUUCCGUCAAGAGCCCCUAGAAGCCCAUUCCUGGACUCCUGCUCCCUUGAAAAUCGUGCGUCCUGCGUUUGUUAGUAUGAAGGAUAAAAAAGUGUUGCCACAGCCCUCUUUUCCGACAUCCAUUUCCGGCAUCCACUUCUGAUUAUAUCACUGAAAACCUACCUUUCUCCACCACCGCACACCAUAUAACCCACUUCAAAAAGGUGCCAUCGAGGGUUAUCCCUUCUAAUGUCUAAUGCAAAUAAGAAUUCUUCACCGUUGAGAAAAGUUGAUUUCAGCCCUGGCUAAUGAAAACUGAAGCUGAAUAAAAUUAUUGGUAACCAAGCUGUUCCGAUAUUUUCCUGCAUGAUCAUAAACCAUGCAAAGAUAACUUUCUUUUAGAAGUAACAGAAUCUGGAGAGCGUGAAUCUUUGUUUUAUUUUGUUACCGACUUACAAACUGCACUAUAUUUUCAGGUAAAUUAGUGGGAACCCUGUGCGCCAUAUCUGGCGUGCUCGCCAUUGCUCUCCCUGUGCCCGUCAUCGUCUCCAACUUUGAAUAUUACUACAAACUGGAAUUAAGUAAAAGGCAGGAUGCUAAAAAUGCAAGUGCAGUCACGUAUCAGAAUCUCGAAAACCUUGUGCUUAAAUCACCCAUGAUGGAACGAAAAGUGGCUAAGGAGGUGAACGAAAUCGGUUCGCCUCUGAACGUGCAUCAGGGAAAGCUGGAUGUACCUCAUGGUCUUCACUCGACCUCUUUGACGGGGCAUCGAAAUGCAAACGGGGCCAUGAAAAUUGGGCAUGACACUAUAAUAGAAGCGGAUGAAUUAAGCUUCUCUAGUGGCGGAGGUUCUAAGCCAACGACUCCAAAAUCUCGAAGGAAACAUCACCCUGGCCAUCCCCCAUCUGAAACUAUCUUGUAA